AGGGGGCGACGUUUCCUACUGACGACGGCCCUUCACCCGGAAACAGUCACAAAAAGGCUCGUCCUGCAUCUCUCUCCCAACAUGGCGGUGAACCUCGCAGACCUCUCCCUGCCCCAGUUGGAGGGACUAAAGACCCAACUAGACCAGGAGAUUGAGUUCUUGACGUCUUCAAUAGGUCAGCUCAAGGUUGUCCAGACCAAGUAUGUUGAGGCAAAAGAUAGUUUGAAUGUGCUGAACAAAAACAAUAAAGGAAAAGAAUUGCUGGUGCCUCUCACCAGUUCUAUGUAUGUACCCGGAACAUUAAAUGACGUGGAGAAUGUCUUAGUGGAUGUGGGGACAGGAUAUUAUGUUGAAAAGAAGGUGGAAGAUUCAAAGGGAUUCUUCAAGCGCAAAAUAGAGUUCCUCACAAAGCAGAUAGAGAAAAUUCAGCCUGCCCUUCAGGAAAAGCACGCAAUGAAACAAGCUGUGAUCGAGGUGAUGAACGUGAAGAUCCAGCAACUACAACAGAGCCAGCAGUCAUCACAGAUGGUUGGACCCACCAAGGCUUAAUGACCCGUUCUUCAUAAUUGUUGGGGAUAUUUGAGUUCAUGUGCAAAACUUGCAACAACCGUUGUGUAUCAAUGAAAUGCCCUUCAUCCGUCUAAUGAAGUUGCAUUAAAUACAAAACAAUGAAAUAUUGAAUGUUUUUGUUUCUAUCUGAAGUGCACAAACAGACUCACCAGUAAAGUAUAAGUAGGUUUGUUGUCAUGGUAAAGCAUCUUGUACAUGUCCAUUUCAAUUUGAUUGGGUUUGCUUGAUUAAAAAGUUCAGUGUGCAUUCAA